AUGGCAACGGAGGCGGUGAUCAAGGCGGGCAACCUAUCCAAAAUUGCCUGCCACAAUUGUCGGAAACGCAAGGUCAAAUGCGAUCGCGAAUUGCCGGCAUGCUCGAUAUGCUCGUACAACAAUCAGGUAUGCAGCUAUCCAGAUCGUGUGUUGAAGCCUGGCCCGAAGCUGGGAUCCAAAAAUGCCCGCAGCAAGCGGAGAAGAUCUUCCGUCGACGAUGACACUCUCCAAGGCGACCGACAUCCUCAUCAGCCUGGAUCUGGCACCGGCCCGGAAUGCUCGCCAAUGCCAGGUUCUCCAGCUACGUUGAACGACAAUCGGGAAAUGCAGAGUCUGUCGUUCAUCAUUCAUCCAUCGCACGAAUUGACGAGCCCGGGCGGUCCGAAGCACGACUCGCCGUCGCACACAUUCGCAAAUGGUGGCGCAUUUAUUCUGGCAGCAUGCUCGGCGAUGCAUAUCACUUCGGACGUCUUCGUCGUCCUGGUGGAGAACUACUUCAAGACGUUCAUGUCGUUCCGACUGUUUCCGAAGACACGAUUCUGGUCUCAUCUGCGUGAGAUCGAGGACGAAGAGUCAGCAACGGCGUUAUUAGCAGCAAUCGUAGCAUUUGCUGUCAAGCUUUGGGAGCCAAAUGAGUCUGAGGUCACUCUCAACACUUUGGUCGCGAAUCUGUCGACUUCGAGUCUAAUAAAUUUGGCCAUCAAGUCCGCAGAUAAGGCUCUCACAAACUGUGGUGAUGACCCUCCCCCACUCCACUUGCUUCAAGCGCUAGUACUGAUCAGCCAUUGGCUCCUCAUACAAGGCGUUAGGGGACGUGCAUGGAGGUAUCUAGGUGUUUGCAUCCGAGUCGCCUACGAAAUCAAUUUGCACCUGGUGGACUCUGGUCGACCACAGGACUGGAUAGAUGAGGACCCUUCACCGUGGGCGUGGUUCAUUAUCAUCAAUUCGAUCAUGAAAGACGCACAGACAAUAUCGUCGCCUAUGGGUGUGGACAAAGCGGCCAGCAUGGAUUCGCUAGACGCAAGAUCUGCAGCUCAGUAUUUCGCUGAGAUGCGCACGGAACGGAUCGAGGAGACCAGGAAGCGCUUGACGACAUACUAUAAUGCUGCUCGCUACUUCUCGAUGGCAUUGCCACAGAGUCUGAAGUACCGCGGACAGUAUCUGAGCUUCGAGCGCGGCGUGCCAGCCAACGGUCAAGGUGGUGUCAAGAUGCUGAGAGACCUGCAUACUGGCAUCUACAGCAUUCAUUUGAUGACACAACUUGCAUUCCUCAUGACCCUCAAGUAUCAUCUGUUCAGACGGGCCCCGCCGACAGCGACGGUUGGCAAUGGGAUCUUUCCUCAAGAUCCCGACUCUGCGAAUCAGAAUGACCCCGAGGCCAGCAGGAGUCAGUGCAGGUCCCAGAAGGACGUUGAUGAGUACUUCGAAGCAGCCAGCUCCAUACUCAACAUAACCAAUAGAUCCAACGACCAGUUGCAUCGAUAUAUCAAUCCCUUCCUCGUCAACACAAUCUGGCUAGCAGCGGCCGUACAACUGCUGAAGCGGGAAUUAUUUUGCACAAAACAAGCGGAGAAGGACCUUGUCACGUCGAAUUUCGAGGUACUUCGCAUGAGCUACGAUAUGUUUAUCGAAUUUUGGAGAAGCAACGACACAGCGAAGAAGAAUCUUGCAGCACUUCAGAAUCAAUUGAAAGCAUUCCAGGCUAAGACGAGGAGUGAUCACAAUGCUAGUGCUACGCAUGCAGCCACGAAACCUAAUAACCCGACGUCACAGAUGGCUCAGCCUCAGCUAGAUGGCUUCGGCAGCAACGGUGCUGGUGCACAAGUGUCGAGUACUCCCGGACAGCAACUCCACACGCCCAACAGUAUAGGCAACGGCAGCACUGACAUAGCAGGGCAGUCUCAGCAAAAUUGGCCGGCCCCUGACUUCAGUGCUGCAGACCCGAUGCAGCAGUUUGAUAUGCAGAACUUCGACUUCGACUUCCUCGAUCCGUUCAGCCUGCCGAAUGACUUCGACUUCAAUGCGGGCAUGGACACAUACAACAAUUUCGGCGAUGUCUUCUCAGGAUCAGUGUUCUAA